AUCUUGAAGUCUGAAGUCUUGACUUCCUCGGGUCGUCUAGGGGCGAUUCGAUGGGCUGCUUCUUUCCGGCUAACCUCUAGUGUACGGCCACGGCUACGGCUCUGGAAACAGACGCCGGCGCCUUUGGGGUCACACUCUGCUGAUGUUUGCCUCCCUCUUGGACUUGUCACACUGUCUGACUUCUGCUCUCUUGUUGGACCGGACGACUCGCUCCAUCUUCAAACGACCAGCCGACGACCCGUCUACCAAGCUACUGUUUUAGCACACGAUUCUAGUACACCACGAUUAGUGAUGAGUGUAAUCGUCAACGUCUUCGUCUUCUGAACUCGCGUGGCCUUGAACGCCGGACGGUUGGUACAGUCCUAGUCCUGGUCACCCCGAAUGGCACCUCUCGGCGUCGACUAUCUACACUCAUCUUACCUCAUCUUCGUGUUCUUCCAGCCUCUUCCGUGUGGCUUUAUCUGGCAACAGCGAGUCUGUGACACCUUUCUCACUCUCGCCGCCGCCUCUCCCUUCGGCACGGCGCCUACCAUUACCGCCUUCUUGUCUCCCCCAAGUUCCCAGGUUCUCUCCAAUUUUUUCACAUUUUUCCACUUCGGAUCCGCCAGUCCCCCCAACCCAUAUCCCAGAAGCGCAAACACCCUUGCGAAAUUCUAACUUUAUUCUGUUCCCGCCCUCUUGUCUUGUCUUGUCUCAUCUCGCACGAGACUCUGCGCCGAAUGUCCAACGCUCUUCCCCUCGGCCGUGGAGACUAAGGUAUUCAUAGUCAGACACUAUCCGUAGGCAGAGGAUACCUCGUCAAGGGUUGGAAACCUUCUCAAGCUCCUAGCCAUCCUCCUAGGCUCUUCUCAGUUGCCCCCAUUCCCUUCCCCCCUCCACUUACUACUCUCCGAGCUUCGUCCUACCUUGCAGUUACGCGGUGCCGUCUUGUCUUGGCUACAUUACUGGCGGUGCCCAUAGAUCGCCGAGAGGUUCCCAAUAAUUUACUUGCCGACCUGCCGCCCCAAAACCAGACACACACACACACACACACAUAACACGAAAAAGCUAAGCGCAUCUGCCAUCUCGACGUGACGCCUGUUCCUCCUUGACUCCACCCCGCCGAGGCACAGUCCGCAGGACCUGCACGUCGACCAUACGGCAUGCCCCCUCGCAUACCUCUUCCUGUAUGCCCCAUAGGAUCCGGUCGAUACAUCCCAACAUAGAAACUGGGUAAAUUGCACUUCGGUACCUGAAUCGGGAAUUCCAUUUCACGCCCGGCUACAUCUACUUGGAUCCACCCGCUUAGAGGUUUACCGGACAGUCUUCUUAUACCAAGGGUGCCGCCACCAAGACCUCUCUCAUUACAUUUUGCUAUACUCAACGGCCAAGCUCCGUCUCAUGACAACACAACCUCGGUCAAGAUGCACGGUAUUACAGAAACAAUAUUAGAGACGUUCGCACAGCACUGGCUCUCAAUAGGCCUGUCACUUAUUGUAGCCUGGCUGGUGAAGAACCGCUAUAACAAUGGCCUCAACAAGUACCCGGGACCUUUCCUGGCCUCAUUAACAGAUUGGUGGCGCUUCUUUGACGUGAAGGGUUGCCGUCCAGAGGUCACACAUCAAAAGUUGCACGCAAAAUAUGGUGACGUCGUCCGUCUCGGCCCCAACACUCUUUCCUUUGCCGACCCGGCUGCUCUCAAGAGCAUCUACGGCCUGAACAAGGGCUUCGUAAAGUCCGACUUUUACAUCGUUCAACAGUCUAUUGCCAAGGGCUUCAGGCUCGAGUCCCUUUUCAGCACGACGAACAAUGACUUCCACUCUCAGUUCCGCCGUUGCGUCAACUCGGCGUUCUCCAUGUCUGCCUUGGUGCAGUAUGAGCCCUUUGUCGACAACACGACGAAGCUCUUCCUCUCUCAGACGGAGAAGCUGUUUGCUGGAAACCCCGAGGGAUGUGACUUCACCACGUGGUUGCAGUUCUACGCAUUCGACGUUAUCGGAGAGAUCACCUACAGCAAGCGCCACGGCUUCAUCGAGAAGAAUGAGGACAUUGAUGGAAUUGUGGCCUACCUGGGCAAGCUGUUCCUCUACGUCGCACCGAUUGGCCAAAUCCCCUUCCUCGAUCUCCUGCUCCUCAAGAACCCAAUCUACCUGAAGCUCUCCCAAUGGGGAUUCAUCGACGCCACCUUCCCCGUAGCCCGCUUCGCCCGCGACCGCAUGGCCGAGCGCCUCCCCGAGCUCGACGGCAAGGAACCCCUCCUCCCCGUCACCUCGGGCAAGAAGCUCGCCGAGCAGCCCGAUCUCCUCUCCAAGUUCCUGGCCGCGCGCGAGGCCCGCCCCGAGUUCAUGUCCGACAUCCUCGUCCAGACCAUGGCCGUCAGCAUGGCUUUCGCCGGCUCCGAGACCACCGCCAUCAGCCUGGCUGCCGUCUUCUACUACCUCCUCCGGACCCCUACGGCGCUGGCGCGGUUGAGGGACGAGCUGGAUACGUUUGCGAGGGAGGGCGGCUUCAGUGACAACGAGACGGGGUUGGUGACGUGGACUGAGGCCCAGAAGCUCGUGUAUCUCGAUGCUUGUGUCAAGGAGGCCUUCCGUAUGCACCCGGCCGCCGGCCUGCCACUGGAGCGCAUCGUCCCUGACCAGGGCGCCGAGAUCGCAGGCCAUUUCGUCAAGGGCGGCACGAUUGUGGGCUGCAGCGCGUGGAUUAUCCACCGCCGACCGGAGAUCUGGGGUGAGGAUGUCGAUACCUACCGCCCUGAGCGCUGGCUGCCGGAGGAGGGCAAGGACGCCGCGGCGGAAGAGAAGAGAAUCAAGGAGAUGAACGGGCACAUGUUCCAGUUUGGCAUGGGCAGCCGGACGUGUAUCGGAAAGAACAUUAGUCUGUUGGAGAUUUACAAGGUCAUUCCGAGCUUGCUCAGGAGAUUCGACAUUUCCUUCAAGGACCCGAGCCAAGAGUGGGAGCUGGUCAAUGCCUGGUUCGUCAAGCAGAAUAACUUCCAGGCCAAGUUUUCCAGGAGGGAUAUCAUUACCAAGGACAGUGCCACCGAGAAGGUUGAGUCAUAGAGACUAUAUGAGGUGUCGUUGUAGAUGGACCAUGGUUGACGAGAUUGAUGACGUGGAUGAAUACUAUAGAAGUAAAUAUAUCAAAAACAGAAAAAAACCAGA